AUGACCCCCCAAACAAAUAUAAUCCCCACCCCGGGCGCCCCCCCAAACGUCCAAGCAGACGCCCUAAAAACCAUCGUCCCCGCAGAAGUAGGCUACGGCAUAAUCGCCUCCUCCAGCGACGCAGUCACCCGAGCCUUUGAAGCCAAGAAACGUCGCCCAGGACACACGCAGGGCAUAAUCGGCAACUACGACCUCCAUAAAGCACUACAUGAUCUGCCCGAGGAUAGAUUCAAUAUGACGAAAGCCCUAGUGCACGAUUUAGAUAUGUCGCUUGGGAUCAUUGCGCCUUAUAAGCCUGAUCAUCCACUUUUGCAGAGACUGUCUCCUGAGACGUUGAGUAAGACGACGAAAGACGGGAAGAUGGCUAUUUAUGUUGGUGGCGGGUCGCUUCUUUUGGAGAUUGUAAGGUUGCAUUAUGAGGUUGGCAAGGUUGUUGUGGGGUCUAGUGCCAAUGUUACUGGUGCUGGUCAGAAGUUUCGGGUGGAGGAUAUUGAGGGGGAGCUUUUGGAGGCAGUGAAUGUGGUGAUUGAUUAUGGGUUACAGAGGUAUCAUGUUUAUGGAAGGGCGAAUACUAUGUUUGAUUUUGGGGAGAUGAGGGUUGUGAGGAAAGGGGGUUGCUAUGAGCUGUUUAGGGAGAGGAUGGGGAAGUUUUGGGGGGUGGAGUUAGGGGAGGAGGAAUGA